CUGAGAACAACAUCUGUAACCACAACGCUUGCGAGCGUUUAAUCCACGACUCGAGUGUAUUCGCCACAUUGAUAGCCACACUGGGUCAAAUAGCACAACAACAACUACAUGGAACUCACACACAUAAUAUUGAUCAGUGGCUGCUGCAGCAAUUAAAGCUUGCAAUAGAAUCCAAUUUUGACUUUCGUGCCACUGCAGCCAUCAUAACCGCAGAGGAACAAGUGGCGGCGGGGGCGGCGGCGUUAGAAGAGGUACCAGCACAGAUAUUACCAAUAGAAAAAACAAUAGUAGCAACUGAAUUAGCAGCAACAAAUUUAAGUAUAGACGUUCAACAACGCAUUAAAGUAGAAACGGCGAAGACGACCGAGGACAAGAUUAGCGUGUCUACGGCGGCCGUGAUAGCAAACGCAGUAGAUAAAGCGGAGCAAAACGACGACAGCAACUUUGGUAAGGUAUCAACAGAAAAAUUGAUAACAGCGGCAGACGAAAGUACCAUAUCCCAACUGCAGAUACCAACACCGAGAAUUCCAUCGCUUGGGGAGGUCUUACUACCAAAUGCACUCAAUAUACCGCCAGUGGCAUCCACUUUGGCCGCUGCAUUGCAUGCUCAAAUGACAUCGGUCGUACAACAGCAACAAAACCAGCAUCAACAACAACACGAAAAACAACAACAUCACUUCCAUCAAUUGCAUACCAACCAUCAUCAAAACCAAAGCUAUCACUCGCACCAGCACGAACAUCACGAAGAAGGGUACGUGCAACACAGCCAGCUCCAACUACAACAACAACAACAAAUAGAAAACGAGCAGCAUCAGCAAUUAUUUCACCAGCAUCGCUCCCAACUAUUCAAAAUGGACGCCGAGUUUUGGCAACAAGCGCGCGGUCCUUUCGGCCUCCAUACCGCCGCCGCACUUGCUACCAAUCAACUGCAUCACCAUCACCAACAAAAUCCGCAACAACAAUCGCAUUCAGCCCAGCAACAACAUAAUCAGCCUUCGGUGCAAACACAGCAUACUCAGCAACCUCCUCAUUUAAGCAAUAUGACGACAGCGGCCGUGCCGCAUCAUGAGCAACAACACCAACAGUCAUCUUCAACGCUACCAGCGUUGCCAUCACACGAACAACAUCAGCAAAAUCAUCAUUUACUGUUCAAUGCAGCAGCCGCUGCGGCCGCGGCCGUUCACUUGAGUGGAGUUGUUAAAUCAAAUGAAUUGCAGAAUGUCACCAACGGCAUAAAUGUCGGCGGUGUUGGCACCAACAGCCCCUCAACACAUGAUGGCUCAGCUGUAUGCAAUAAUAAUGCCAGCGGGAAUCGCAACAGCAGUUGCAACGAUACAGCUGGAAGCAGUGAACGACUUAGCAUAAGUGUCAAGCAAGAAAUGAAAGCAGUGGCGGCUUCUGUAGCAGCGAGUAAUCAACACCAACCCCAACAGUCAAAAUACCAACCGAAUAUACACAAUGCCAUCGACGCGUUGCACCAUCAGCUGCAGCAACAACUACAACAGCAGAACUUAGCAUCUAGUACCAGCGCUGCUGAUGAAACUGAUGCCUUCAAGAAUCAGCUCAAAACACAACCGGUGAGCGGUCUUAGCAGCUCUAGUAGUGUGCAUCAGCAGCACACGCAUGCCCAAAAUUCACAAACACGACCUAAUAAUACCACACACGAACAUCACCAGCAACAGGAGCAGCAGCACCAACAACUGCCUUCGCAUACGCUAUCGCAGCUGCAGCAAUCUAAUGGACAACAUCGUGAAAUGGGGGCAGGGCGCAGUAGCCCUCCGCUCGUGCACAGCGGUGUCAGUGGCACCGCGCUUGUACCGCUACAUUCGCCACAGCAAUCACUGACACCAUCCGUGAGCAGCUCAACACCCGACAUCAAGUACAACAGCGACAAGCUGGUCAAUGAAAUCCAGCUGCAAUUAUCCCGGUCGAACAGCGCAGCCGCCAUCAGUGAACGUACUUUAGAAGAAUGUUGGUCGACCCUGCAACGUCUUUUCAUGCACAAAAGCGCUAUGCAACAGAUACAGCAGAUACCUCGCGUCGGCCUCGGUGCUCCUGGCAGUAUGGCCGCCGAAAGUAAACCACACCAAUGUCAACAAUGCAUGAAGAGUUUCUCCAGCAAUCAUCAAUUGGUACAGCACAUCCGCGUCCACACCGGCGAAAAACCGUACAAAUGCUCAUAUUGUGAUCGUAGAUUUAAGCAGCUUUCUCACGUGCAGCAACAUACGCGAUUACACACUGGUGAACGUCCAUACAAAUGUCACUUGCCGGAUUGCGGUCGCGCUUUCAUUCAAUUAUCAAAUUUACAACAACAUUUACGAAAUCAUGACGCACAAGUGGAACGUGCAAAAAAUCGUCCAUUUCACUGCAAUAUCUGCGGCAAAGGUUUUGCCACUGAGUCCAGUUUACGCACGCACACAUCGAAGGAGCUACAGCUGCAUCUUGGUGUCUUGCAGCAGCAUGCGGCAUUGAUUGGCGGCCCCAACGCUACUUCCUGCCAAGUAUGCCACAAACUAUUCUUGGGAGCCGAUGCUUUAAUGGAGCAUAUGAAGUAUGCGCACAAGGAGAAGUCGGUACCAAGCGUUGGUAGUCCCUAUAUUGAUAACUCGGUAUCCGGUUGUAUGCAGUCGUCGUCCAGCGAACCGUAUUUGGCUAAGCGACGGACUGCCAAUCAUCCAUGCCCGGUCUGCGGAAAGCACUAUGUAAACGAGGGCUCACUGCGUAAGCACUUGGCUUGUCAUCCGGAGACAACGCAGCUAACAAAUAGUUUGCGCAUGUGGCCGUGUUCAGUAUGUCAAGCUGUAUUCACACAUGAAAAUGGUCUUCUCACACACAUGGAACAUAUGCGUAUGGAUCCUAAGCACCAAUUUGCUGCACAGUAUGUGUUAUCACGGGCAGCAGCAGAAAGAAGGGAACGUGAUUCAAUACUAGCUGCAACGCUAGUUGCCUCGGCUAGUGGAGGGUGCAGCGGAGGUGGCAAUGGAGGCAACGGCUUACUGCCUUUGAUAAGCGAUGGCGGGGGCUCGAAUUCCCUAUGUCCUUCGCCUUCAGCUAACUCAGAAUGUUCUUCGACAGGGCGCCUUUCAUCCUCUGCAGCUUCUGAGCAGGGGAGUGGUAUUCAGUUACUAUCUAACAACAGCAAUAACAACAAUAAUUGCCCUAGCAAUAAAUUGAAUGAGCUAUUGGGUCGUACGAGUAGUAACCCUCACUUAAGCAAUCAGUAUGGGGUCAGCGUGGACACGGAUAUACACGUGGCAAACCGCAUGUCAUUGAUGGCCGCUGCAUCAGCAGCUGCGGUAGCUGUGGCAGCUUCAGCUAGUGGCGCAGGAGUAAGUGGUGGAGGGAAUGUGGCUGGUGUAUCUGGUGUGGGCAUGGCAUCUCCAGUUGGCUGCGUCGAAUCUACCAGAUCAAGUGUGCAAGCAGCUGUUGUAAAUUUGGCGGCUGCGAUGCGCAUUAAUCAAGUUAGCCAACAACAAAGCGGGGGCAAUAUUGCCGUAGGCUGUAGCAGUAACAGUGCAUCAACCAGCGUUGGUAAUGUAGUCAGCAAUACGUCCAGUCAGCAGCAAAUGCACACACAGCAUCACCAACAACAACAUCAGACGCAGCAGCAACAACAACUGCAGCAAGAAACCCCAGGAGACAACAAUCAAACAUCGAUAUCAGGGCCAUUGACGCCUAGUGGCUUGCGUAUGAGCGCUAACUCCCCGAACGCGAUAAUUCCAAAUCUACAAUCAGAUUCAUCUGCAGUUAACGCAGUCGCGACGAUGAACGCUAUGCGUGACUCGAUGAUGCGCAGUACUAUGAGUGUCGUGGAUCCGUUAAGUGGAAUGCAUCAGCAACACGAUCAACAUAUUCACGGACAUCAUCAACACCAUACGACAAACAAUUUGCAAACAGGACACACUUCUUAUAGCCAGCACAGCGUUUCCGGUAGCAGCCAUCAAAGCCAACACCAUGUGGCUUCAGCACUACAGAAUGCCACAAUGCAUCAUCACCAUCACCAUCAUUUGAAUCAGAUGCAACAACCGCACUCACCAGAUGCUGCAUUACGUAUGCAGCAGCAUGCGGAAGCUAUACUUCGCUCCCACACAGAAGCGGCUUUUCGCUUAGCAGCAACCGUGGCGGCAUCCAACAGCGUCAUAGGAGGCAGUAGUGGAGCACAUGUAGCUGUAACAAGCGCGAAUGACAGUAAUAAUGACAAUAAUGGCGCUUCACAGAACAACAACGCAAUACAGGUUAAAGCAGAAUCCCAUCAAACGCCACAGCAACAACUAAUCGGAGGUGAUGUGGCGUUGCAACAACAACAGCAGCAUCAUCACCAACAUUUAUUGUCUCAACAACAAACACAAAAGCUAAACACCAGUGGCAGCUUACAACAGCAAUCCACAACCGUAGUGUCCCAGCAGCAGUCACAAUUAACUUCCGAUCUUAGCGAAGCGAUACGUAUGCAGGAGCACCGGUUGGAGCAAGCCUUGCGGUUGCAUAACGACGCACGAGCGCUAAACUUUCUCACAGCCGCCCAACAGACCACCAAUAAUGCAGUCACAGCAGCUGUUAAUACUGCAAGUCUACAUCACCAGCAACAACAACAACCGCAAACAUCUACAACACAGCAUCACAGUAGUGCGUGAAAACCAAUCAUUUGUGAUAACUUAAAGGUCGCCUUAGAUGUAAUUGCACGGAGCGAUGCAUAUUGACAGGUAAUACAGCAACAGCAACAGCAACAACAACAGCGGUAAACACUCGAUGCCAAAGGAUAAGGGAGCAAAACAAACUGGUUUAAAGGAAAUAUGUACCAAAGCCAUACAAGUAUAUUAGCGGUCUUAUCGAUACUUUGGGAAUCUAACGUCACUCCCUCACAAUAUAUUUAUAUUACAUAUAUACAUAUAUAUAUGUAUAUAUAUUUAUCGCGUAUUGCGAUGUUAUAUAUAUACUGCAUAUAUAUAUAUAUAUAUGUAUAUGUCUGGAGCGAUUAUUAUAACCAUAUAAACAUGUAGAAAAAUGAAUCAAUUUUAAAGUAGUAUUCCACAUAAGCAAAUCAUACAGACAUAAAUAUAACUUGGUCAGGUAAAAUUGAAGAACUCAUAAUAAGGAAAGUAUUAAUUAUUGAAAAUACUUUCUUUGCGAAAUAAAAAUACGAGGGAAACUUAAUUGCGUUUUUGUUUCAAUUAUUUUUUCUUUGACUAGCGUACAAAUCCGUUAAGAAAUGUGCGAAAACAUCUCGAUACUCGCAGAGGCACUGAUCAAGUCGUUUGUAUAGGUAAAUUUAUAUAGUAUCUACCAAAAGAUUUUAACGCAAAAGGCUGGUCAGGUAUAGCGAAGUUGCGUCAAUUUAUUAUUAUCGGUAAAAGAAAGACGUUUAAUACGAGCUACUGCCUAAAAUACCUAGUAUCUUUUUUGUAAGUGAGUGGAGAACGACUCCCAGUAGAUAAAAUGUCCUAAUAAUCUAAUUUAUACUGUGCAAUACUAAAUUUCAAGUCGUAAAAGUCGUCAAGAAGUAAAAAACCAUAGACGAAACUGUAUAAGAAAACGAUAGACAAAUAAGCGAAGCGAUGAUAAUUUUUGAAUGUUGUUCCUAUUCAGAACAUACGAAGAAAAUCCCGCUUGCAACCUGGGGUUGUAGAAGGGUAUUGCACAUGGAGAAAAUAUUCAGCUUUAUAAAUUAUCAGCAUGAUUAGCUGAACUAAUUCAGUCAUGCUCGUCUGUCCGUCUAUAUAUACGCAAACAAGCCCUUCAGUUCUUGAGGUAUCGAUCCGAAAAUUGGCACACAUCCUUUUUCUCAAAGAAGCUACCCAUUUGUCGGAACCGCUGAUAUCGGAGCACUGCAUAUAGCUGCCACAGAAUGUAAACGAUCAAAAUCAAGUUCUUGUAUGGAAAACUUUUUUUUCAUUUGACAAGGUAUCUUCACAAAAAAUAUGGUAUUAAUUAUUAUCCACGGCAACAAUACAAUCUUUCUAGAAAUCAUUUAGAUCGAACCACCACCAUCAUAUUUCAUGUCAUCAACCCCGAUAAGAGAGUAAUAGAGAUACACAAGAAUCAUAAUCUAAAUUAUUCUGUUAAUUUGUCAAAAUUUUUUGAAAUUUUUGUUUAAGAAGUCUUUUUAUCUCAGAGGGGUGCUUCGUACAAUAAUGCAUGUAUGGCCGAAUGUAGGUAGGCAUCUCGAAGUGUGACAAUUUAACGUUUUUCGACCUUUGAUCACUAAUCGAGCUUUUAAUAAUUACUUAAAAGUUACAAGUAAAAUAUAAUCACAGAGAAAGUAUUGGACGUGUUUUAUUUGACCAUCAUAAGCUAAUAGCUAAAUCGUUGGCAAAUAAAACGCACUUAGCUUUUUUCAUGUUUUGCCUUAAAACGAAGUGUGUUAAUAAUGCGGACAGGAACAGUCAGCUGAUAUUUACUUAAUUUCAAAAUUUCUGACUUGAAGAAAAGGUUGGUUUUAAUUCUUAAAUUUGUAAACGGGAUAUUAAUGUAUUAAUAUACUAUAAAUGUUCAUAUUUGUCUUAAUUUUAACUCAAACCCCAUUCAUAAAAAUAUGGAAUUUUAGUAGGUAUGUUCACAUUUUCUUGACAGAUGAACUUUCUCGUUAGUGCCAACUACUUUUUUCUGCAAAAAUUUAACUAUUCUGAAUUAAAAAACGAGAAGAACUAGCAAUGCCUCUAGUUGAAUAUGUAAACUAAAUUAGGUUUUGACAAGCCAAUAUCAAUAUGUUGCCAAAGUCUUUUACACAAAAUAAGCUAAUAGCUUAAGUUGCUGGUGAAAUAAAACACGCCUAUUCUAAGUUGCAUAUGAAAUGAAAUUGAAUGACUUUGAAAUAAGAUCGUAUCACCCGUAAUUUAUGUAUGUACUCACGUAACGGUUAUAAAUGAAGCAUGUGAAGAAAUCAAAGAAACAUUUCAUAGUAAAUACAACAAGUACGAUGGUUUUAGUUUAUAUAAAUAUAAUGAAGGAGUGAAAGUAAUACCCAAAAGCUACAAACAAAUACAAUGGAUGUAGUUUAUAUAAAUAUAAAAAAAGAGUGAAAAUACCCAAAGCAACAAACAAAAUAUGUGUCAGUUCAAGCUUAUAUACAAGAGAUUUACUCACAGAACGUUUUUAUAAAAAUCUGUAAAUCUCAAUUACAUAUUGGAAAAAAAGCGUUCGAAAACGUUUGACUAAGUGUUUUCAAUUCCUGGUGAAGUUUUUCAAAAAGCAAAAGUUUCAUUAUUUUAGUGGAACUUAUAGUUAUAUUUGUCUUCUUGCGCCAUUGAAAGAACAUUACUUAAGUGUUAAACUUUUAAAAGUCCAAUAUAUAAUAAUUUUCUAAAAUUGAAUAUACAUAUAUUAAACUUAAAAAUAAAAUUAACUGGCUUAGUCAAUUUUUGAAACUAGCCGUCUUUUUCCUGUUUGUUACUAUUUUAUAUAAAAUAUCCUAUGAGCAUCAACAAAGUUAUUCCGUUGAGAUCAAUAUAUGUAUAACAGUUCCAUAACUAUAAUAAGUUACAGCGUUUGUAACGAUUUCAAUGAUUUUACGAAUAGAACAAUCUACCACCAAACGGAACUUCAUCAAAUUACAAAUUUUAGACGUAAUGCUAUUUAAAGAGUUAAUUUUUUUUAACAAAUACUUUAUCAAUUGAUUUUGAUCAUUUUCUUGAUUUUCUUUUGUUUUGCAUACAAAUUAGAUGAAAAAUUUAGGAAAUGUUAGCUGUAAUUCUUCGUUUUUUUACGACAUUAAUAUAUUUAUACCCUAAACAGGGUAUAUUAAGUUUGUCACGAAGUUUGUAACACCCAGAAGGAAGCGUCGGAGAGCUGAGUCGAUUUAGCGAUGUCCGUCUGUCUGUCUGUCUGUCUGUCUGUCUCUAUAUAUACGAACUAGUCCCUCAGUUUUUAAGAUAUCGUUUUGAAAUUUUGCAAACGUCAUUUUCUCUUCAAGAACCUGCUCAUUUGUCGGAACGGCCGAUAUCGGACCACUAUAACAUAUAGCUGCCAUACAAACUGAACGAUCGGAAUCAAAUGCUUGUAUGGAAAACUUUCACAUUUGACAAGAUAUAUUCACGAAAUUUGGUAUAUAUUAUUUUCUAAAGCAACAAUGUAAUCUCCAAAGAAAUUGUUCAGAUCGGUUGACUAUAGCAUAUAGCUGCCAUACAAACUGAACGAUCGGAGUCAAGUUCUUGUAUGGACAACUUUCACAUUUGACAAGAUAUAUGCACGAAAUUUGGUAUAGAUUAUUUUUUAAGGCAACAAUGUAAUCUCUGAAAAACUUGUUCAGAACGGAUUACUAUAGCAUAUAGCUUCCAUACAAACUGAACACAUAGUUACUAACAGAAAUGCAUCUGUGCAUGGUAUUUAGCUUCGGUGCAACCGAAGUUAACGUUUUUUCUUGUUUUAAUAAAACCUGCUUGAGUUCAUCACAUAUUUUAAUGUAUUUUUUAGAGUACUUCGAGAGGCUUCCAGAUUUUAAAGUUAUAAAAAGGUCCAAAGAAACCAAUAGAGCGUGAAUUAAGUUUUUCAUGGUGCACAGUCUCGAGGUCUCUAUUUGAAUAAUUCUUUAGUACUUACUUCAAGCGCCUCUUCUGACAUCAUUCCCAUAGGUAACGAAACAAUCCAUCGUGCGCAAAAUAACGAUAGUUCCUUUUAUUAAUUCCGCCUGCAGUAUUCACAAAAAACAAGCAUAAUUCUUUUGAUUAAUUUCCACUUAGCUGCCGAAAAAACGUUUUAUCAGUAUUACCACAGUUGUAAUCCUUCCACAAAGAUACCCAUUUGUUUUCUCAGUUUAAGUUAAAUUUUUUCUUUGUUGCUUCGACAAUUUCUUUACUUUCUCCAGGAACUUUUUUAUUGGUAGUUUGUAGGCCAUAUGAAUUAUACACUCGAAACACCAUAUCCAAGCAUGUAAUGUUGAUAAUCCAUAUACAUAUGUACAUACAAAUGUUUCUUUCGUUGCCGCAGAGGAACCAAUUUCCUUGGGAUCACCUCACAAAUGAUAAUGACUCCGCUAAAGCAUUGAAUACUUUUCCAUCGAUCAUUGUCAAAUGGAAUUCAUGUUCUACUUCAAAAUAUUCAAUGUUAUUGGCAGAAUUUUGUGCAAUUUGCUACCUAACAUUUUUGAACCCUUACCUGAACUAAGUCCGCUGACUUUCUCGAAAAUUUUUUUUAUUGAAAAACCGAGUUGAAGAAAACCUAUAAGUUUGCUAUAUUAUUGAACAUAAAUUUUUUAUUCCCAAAGGAACAAUACAAACCGCAAACAAAUGUUCAUCAAUUGUUCCAGUUUCAGGAACACUAAAGCAUAGCCGGUUAGUAUAUGUGUCGCUGGUGAAAAGCCCUUUAUUUCAGUUAAGCCGGCGUGUAUGCCAUUGGGGUAACAUCUCCUUUUACCUUUAGCUGAAACAUCGUAGCUCGGAUAACUAUUGUAGUUUCGUUCUUUAAUACCGCAUUGAAUCAAUUUAUAAGAGCCUUUUGUGUAGCCUCCAUAUAAACACAGAGCCAAAGUUUCUCAUGUGUAUACGGAAUAGAAGCUUUUGUUUGAUCAUCUAAACGUUUACAGCUAUUGCAGAUUCUGAGCUCAACAUUGAAACAACUUGCGAAGCAUUCCUUUUUCAGAUAACAUACAUAUGAAAUUCUCUUCUCGAGGCUUAGUGGUGCUUAGUGGUGAAAAAGGUUUGUGUUUAUGUUGAUCAAUGACUGCUUCAGGAAAAAAUAGAUCACCAUCUAGUCAUUCCUUAAUACGCAAAAAAUCAAAAAGUUGCAGAAACCUGCUGCUAAUUUUUCAAAUUGACAUACACAACAGAACAUAUUAACAAGCAGACCAAACAGAAUGGAAAAUUUGGGUGGAUUCGACCCAACUUUUAUUUCACAGAAAAUGCUAAAAAAAAUUAUUGGAAAGGGCGGUAAAAACCCGCGAUUAAACACUAAAAUAUAUAAUCUGGGAGCAAACUGUCCAGAUCGGAUCACGAUAGUUUAUACCUGUCAUACAAACCUAACAAUGAAGACCAACAUAUUAAGUAACCUUAACACGUUUGUCUAGAAAAUAGUAGGUAAACGUUUUCCUUUGGCCCGUAUUAUAGCUUAAUGGUUUUUCUUGUUUUAAUAAAUACUUUGCUAAAAACACAAGUUCCAUUCCAUUCUCUUCCAUGAUACAUUAGUAUAUUUUUUUUAUUUGAAAAUUCGUUAACAGUUCUGCUUGUAUUCCAACGCAAAUAAGCGUAUGUAUGUAAUUUUUGAACGGUAUCAAAAUUAAAAUGUUCCACCGGUAUGGCAUAUUUAGCAACGUAUUUUACCACUCCUGUUUACGAAUGAAAGCGCGCGUAUAUAUGGGUAGUUGCACUGUAGGUAACAAUUGUAAAAUUGCCUAACAGUUUUAAGUUUCUUUAUAACUACCAUAAAUUUAUAAAAUGUAAAACAAAUAAUAAAAAGUAAAAUAAAUAUUUCAGAAGAUGUUCUUUUGUUAAAGUACGAGCUGAUUCAAAAAUGCAUUCUUUAAUGCAAUCUCCAUCGAAAAAUGAGUGGGUACCUUAAACCAUUUUAAGUGCAAUCGCAUAGCUAACUUGAAUUGCACCGUUACUAUCAACAGAACACUCCUAAAAGUACAAUAUUCCAGAUAAUACCAUAUUUGGAGCAACUUAAUAACUUACAAACCUCUGCUUUAAUGUUGUCAUAAGUUCAUAAAAAAUCGGUAGGAGAUUCACCUGUAUAAAAGUCAUGUUCCUCAUGUUGCGCUUCAUAAUGCCUUUGAAUAUUGUAUUUCUUUAUUUGAACAUGUUUUUUACAUAGUAGACAUUGUAUACUGCCAGAGCUUUCCUGACAUAAAUACUUUUCUUCCCAUUCCACAGUAAAUGAAUUAAUUUUCUUUUUAAAUUUUGGACACCGUUUUUACCCGCUGAUAGCAUUUCUGCACAUUUAAAUUAAAAUAACUUCAGUUUAUGAACCACUGUUUCUUCAAA